GCGUUUUACACUCAUUUCCAUAUCCCCGCUUUAGCCUUCAACGAAAGACUACUCUUUCCUACAUGGGUUUGGCGAUUCGCCCUACAAUUAUCGCGUGAUUUAAGGUUUGCGGCUACAAGGGUUCUGAUUGGGACUCAUUGCUGAAGUCGGCGGGCUCCUGUUUCUGCAAUUGGAAGAUAAGUGCGGCGAAUGUGGGUUACGAGUUGUCUGAUUGGGUUGCAAUUACUUCUUCUGGACUCCCUUCUGAAGUAUUAGGAGAGGACUGGUCGUCUACUGGUAUCUUUGACGAAGAGUGUGAUUUGGCUGGGCAGGAUGAGUGUAGCUAACACACAUAAAGCGAAGCGUAGACUGAGGAGUGAACUUGUUAGAGAGGACUACGAUGAAGGAACUGCAGCACGAACCAGACCCUUUAGUUUUGACGAUAUAAUGAACAAAAGAAAAAAGAAGAAAGAGAGUUUUGAUGUUUCUCAAGAUGCAUUGGAUAAAGAUGUUAAGAGGACUUCUGAUAAUCCUGAAUAUGAAAGAAGCCCCAAAACCUAUAGUAAUGAUUUGCCUGCUGGUGUGAAGACUAUCUCGAAGGACGUUAAGAUGGUUAGUGAUAGAAAGAAGGAUUAUGAUAAACAUAUUAUUGAGGAAAAAACAAUGAAAAUAAAGGAGGAAAAGCGCCAUGUUUCUAGAACCAGAUCAAAGACCACUACUACAAAGAAUUUUGAUGAGAAGGUUAGGGGAGGCCAAGAUGAUCACAAAGGUUAUGUAAGGAUUAAUAGAGAAGAAAUGUCACCUGUUCAUGAAGAAUAUGAAUCUGAAAAGCGAACACGGGAUGUAAAGCAUAAGGAUAAGUUGGCUGAUAUAUCUAGAGGACUCACAGAAAGGGAAAGGAGUAAAAUUAGUAGUGUUAUAAAACGGGAUUUAGAUCGACCUGCUUCAGAAUUAUCAGAGAGAAAGGAAAGGAAAGACUCCGUAGAACUCCAGAAGAAAGAAUCAAGGCCAAAAAGAAGGCGGUCUAGGAGUAGAGAGCGUGAUAAAGGCAAGAGCAGAAGUUCUACUUCCUUCUCAGUAAGGGCACACAAACAUAGCACGAGGGAGCAUGGAGACACGCAUUCACACAACUCUAGAAAGGAUAGGUCAGAAAAACAAGUCUCUGAUCUUGACGGGAAUAGGAUAUCAAGUAAUGGUUCAAGUUCUCAUAAUAACAGACAUGGUGGUUCCACAAGUGGGCUUGGUGGCUACUCCCCAAGAAAGAGGAGAACCGAAGCUGCUGUAAAGACACCAUCGCCUACCCAUCUUUCACCUGACAAGAGAAGUGUUGGGUGGGAUUUGCCACCUCCAGUGACGAUAACCAGCAAUAUUGGUUCUCUCCCCAUUGACAUGCAGCCUUCAGACCAGGUGGUUGCAUCUGAUAUUGUCGUCUCUAUCCCUUCCCCUGCUGUGAAGGUCAUUACAGGAAUAUUUUCCAAUGCUUCUAUUGACUCUAUUCAGCUAACACAAGCUACCCGACCAAUGAGGAGGCUUUAUGUCGAAAAUUUGCCUGCUUCAGCAUCUGAGAAAUCUAUAAGAGAAUGUUUUAAUAAUUUUCUUCUUGGUAGUGGUGUUAAUCACAUCAAAGGAACACAACCAUGCAUCAGUUGUAUUGUAAACAAAGAGAAGAGCCAAGCUAUAGUUGAAUUUUUAACACCUGAGGAUGCUUCAGCUGCUCUUGCUUUUGAUGGAAGAUCUUUCUUUGGCUCUUUUCUCAAAGUUCGGCGGCCAAAGGAUUUCAUUGAAGUGACAACCGGUAUUUCUGAAAAACCAAUAGAUGCAGUUGAUUCAAUUAGUGAUACAGUAAAAGAUUCACCUUACAAGAUCUUUAUUGGUGGGAUUCCAAAUGCUAUUUCAUCUGAAAUGCUUAUGGAGAUAGCAGGCGUGUUUGGACCUUUGAAGGCAUAUCGCUUUGAGAUUAAUACAGAACUGAAGGCAUCGUUUGCUUUCCUUGAGUAUGUAGACCAAUCAGUUACUCUAAAGGCGUGUGCCGCUUUGAAUGGCAUGAAGAUGGGAGGUCAAAUGCUAACUGCAGUUCAAGCAAGGCCAGAUGCAUCUUUGUUGGAAGAUGAUGGAACUCCGCCUUUCUAUGGAAUACCAGGACAUGCAAAACCACUUCUUGAGAAGCCCACAUGCGUUUUAAAGCUCUGGAACAUGAUUGAUCCAGAGUGUCUCUCAUCAUUAUCUGAAGCAGAAGUGGAUGGAUUAUUAGAAGAUAUAAGGCUCGAGUGUUCCAGGUCUGGUGCGGUGAAGUCUGUUAAUAUUGUCUGGAACAGCGAAGGCCCUAAAACGGCUUUAGACAAUCUUUGUUCUUCUGGCAAUGAGCAAGAUUUAUCAAAUUUUGAGAAGGAAUCGCCCACCAAAGAAUGCACCGACUCUGAAUUUUCAAAAGAAAUUAAGACAAAAGAUGCUGUUGAUGAGUCCGAUGAUGCAGAUAAAAUUGUGGAUGGAAAUCAUAUAGACGAUGCUGCUGUUGCUGCUGCAUCAUCAGGCGACAAUUUACCGCUCACUGAAACCCUAACGCCGAAGGAAUCUCUAGAAAUGGUCUCGAUGGAGCAGUUAGACCAAGUUGGUACUAGUUUAUGUGCGAUAAGGAAAGACGUCCUCCCCAUAGUUAAAUAUGAGUUGGAAUCAGAAUGUGGGCUUAGUGGUGAUAUGUUUGAACCAGGUUCUGUAUUGGUGGAAUAUAGAAGAGAAGAGGCUGCUUGUAUGGCUGCCCAUUAUUUGCAUGGCCGUUUUUUUGAUGGUCGGAUUGUGAAUGCGGCUUAUGUUCCAUUCGACGUAUACCGAGCCAGAUACUCAAAAUGAAGAAAAUCAUAAUAUGGUUCAUUAGAGAUUACUACAGGACAUUUAUAUUUUGAUUUCAUCUUUUUGACUUUUUUUUAUGCAUACUAUGUAACCCAACAAUGCUUUGUUUUGGAUAUUAUGAGUUGUUUGUAUCUGAAUUUAUAAGAUGUUUUUUUGUUUGAAAUUUUAUUAAAAAUUAUAUA